CUUGGUGUGCGUCUUUGUGUACAUAUAUAUAGAUAACAGAUUUGGUUUGUUACUAGAGAUUGGUGAGUCAACCAUGGCGGAGUUUGGAGAGCUCGAAGCUCAAGAUGGUGUUCGAAUGCCAUGGAACAUCAUCCCCGUCGCAACGAAGAAGGAACAAUCAAUCGACUCUGAAGUUCCAGUUUCCGCCAUUUACACACUCUUGAAACCUCUUCGAUCUCACUCCCUUCUCCUACCUUACUCUCCACUUCGUUGCCGGACUUGUCGCUCCGUUCUAAACCCUUACUCCGUCGUCGAUUUCUCCGCCUGUAUGUGGGGAUGUCCUUUCUGCUUCAAUCGGAAUCCUUUCCCGCGAAAUUACACUUCAAUCGCCGAUAACAACCUCCCGCCGGAGCUUUUUCCUGAUGCCACAACUGUUGAGUAUCUCUGCGAUUCCUUCUCUUCUCCUUCUCCUCCUGUGUUCCUCUUCGUUGUUGAUACUUGCUUGAUCUCUGAAGAGCUCGAUUUCCUCAAAUCAUCUCUCCUUCUAGCUCUGGAUCUUCUUCCUGAUACAUCCGUCGUCGGUCUCAUCACCUUUGAUUCGUUAGUUCGUGUCUACGAGCUCGGAUUCCCUCACUGUACCAAAUCUUACUUCUUCCAGGGAAACAAAGACUGUACCAAAGAUCAGCUCUUGGAUCAACUGAGUUUCUUUGUCAAGAACCCUAAACCUUCUUCCGGUGUUAUCGCCGGUGCUCGAGAUGGUCUCUCUUCCGAAGACAUUGCACGGUUUCUGUUACCCGUCUCCGAUUGCCAGUUUGCUCUUCACUCUGUUAUUGAGGAGCUGGGAAGCAACCCUUGGCCUGUUGCAGCUGAUCACCGCCCUGGGAGGUGCACCGGUGUUGCCCUCCGAAUCGCUGCUGGUCUUUUAGGAGCUUGCUUUCCUGGCUCUGCUGCUAGAAUCAUGGCUUUCAUUGGAGGACCUUCCACUGAAGGCCCUGGAGCUAUUGUUUCUCGGGAGCUUUCUGACCCAAUUCGUUCUCGUAAAGACAUUGAUAAAGAUUCUGCUCUGUAUUACCACAAAGCGGUCGAGUUCUAUGAGACACUUGCGAAACAACUUGUUCAUCAGGGUCAUGUUCUUGAUGUUUUUGCGUGUUCUGUUGAUCAGGUAGGCAUUGCUGAGCUCAAAGUUGCAGUUGAGCAGACUGGUGGAUUUGUCGUGCUUGCUGAAAGUUUUGGCCACUCAGUAUAUAGGGAUUCUCUCAAACGUGUGUUUCAGUCAGGUGAAAAUGAUCUAGGCUUGUCCUCAUGUGGUAUAUUUGAAAUUAACUGUUCAAAGGAUAUCAAAGUUCAGGGAAUUAUUGGCCCAUGCGCAUCUCUUGAGAAGAAAGGACCAUUGUGCUCUGACUCUGCCAUCGGUCAGGGACACACAAGUGCAUGGAAGAUGUGUGGCCUUGACAAAAACACUUCCAUAUGUUUGGUUUUUGAAAUUGCUAAAAGGGAAACAGCUGAUGUUGUUUUGCAGUCUCAAAGCAAUCAGUUUUACUUUCAAUUUUUAACAUACUACCAGCACUCAAAUGGUCAAACAAGACUCCGGGUAACAACUCUUUCAAGAAGAUGGGUGAUGGGAACUGAAAGCUUACAGGAAUUGAGCAAUGGUUUUGAUCAAGAAGCAGCUGCUGUAGUCAUGGCACGACUUAUUUCCUUCAAAAUGGAGGCUCAGGCUAUAUUUGAUCCCCAAAGGUGGGUUGAUAAAGCUUUGAUAAAUCUAUGCACCUGGUUUGGAGACUACCAGAAAGGAAAUCCUUCAUCCUUUAGCUUGUCUUCUCAGUUAUCAAUUUUCCCGCAGUUUGUGUUUCACUUGCGCCGAUCUCAGUUUGUCCAGGUCUUUAACAACAGCCCAGACGAGACGGCAUAUUUCCGAAUGAUACUGUCCCGAGAGAACGUUUCUAACUCAAUCGUGAUGAUUCAACCUUCACUGGUUUCCUUCUCAUUCCAUUCACCGCCAGAACCAAUUCUUCUAGAUGUAACAUCCAUUGCAGCUGACAGAAUCCUAGUGUUGGAUUCAUACUUCACCCUUGUAAUAUUUCAUGGUUCUACCAUCGCCCAAUGGCGAAAAGCUGGAUACCAUAAUCAACCUGAAUACCAGGCAUUUGAGCAAUUGUUGCAGUCACCUCAUGACUACGCAGACACAAUCGUCAGUGAACGAUUUCCCUCUCCCCGUCUUGUCAUAUGCGAUCAGUAUGGUUCACAGGCUCGUUUCCUUCUAGCAAAACUGAAUCCUUCUGAUGGAGAUGGUCCUUUUGCAGGCGAAAGUAAUGUUUUCACAGAUGAUGUUAGCUUGUCUGUGUUUCUUGAUCAUCUUAGACGACUCAUUGCUCACUGAUAGUGAUAAUGAUCCUGCCAAAUAGCUUAACAGACAUUGUGAAUUCGAACUCUUAACAGAUAUAUUCUUGUUUACGUGAGAAAGUGAGAAAACAAAAUAUAGGCAAGUCUCCUUUUUUACAUUGAUCAAAGCAAGUUUCCUA